UUUCAAAGUGGAUGAAAAAAAAUGUGCCGGAAUCGGGUACAUCUCGUUUCACCUUUUCAUUAAUCAAUCACUCACAAUUAUCAUGGCUCGAUAAUAAUAUUGAUAAUCGAAACAAAGAUGUCUAUCUAUCCAUUAUUAGAAAGCAUGAAAAACGAAUUUUAAUUCAAAAUCAUUCCGCCAUUAUAAUGUUUCUGGUUUCAGUGGAAAAAGAAAACAAUGAAAUUUUCAACAACAUUUGCGUUUUUGUUUCUCAUUUCAAAUAUUAUGGCCGAAAUGACUGCUAUACAAAAACGUCGUUGUGAACAAUAUACAUCGAUAUUUGAAAAUGAUACAACCGAAUUACAAUAUAAUUAUUGUGAAAAUAUUUAUGAUGGUCGUGGUUUUACAUCUGGCCGUUCGGGUUUUUGCACCGGUUGUGGUGAUGCAUUAGAUGUGAUCACCAGAUAUACAGCAUAUAAACCAAAUAAUCCAUUGGCAAGAUUUAUACCGAUAUUAAUGAAAAAUCGCCACUCACAUGAUGAUGAUACUAAUUCAUUACAAGGUUAUUGUGAAGCAUGGAAACAAACAUCCGAUGAUGAAUUAUUUCGACAAUUUCAAGAUUAUGUUAAUGAUCAAUUGUAUUACAUACCAGCAAUGGUGGGAGCCAUAAAAAUGAAUAUAACAACCACGUUAGGAAAAUGUUCAUUUUAUGAUACAAUCAUACAACAUGGUGGUGGAAAUGAUCGUGAUUCAUUCGGCGCUAUUAUGAAUCGUACCAAAUUGGCCAUGAAUGGUACAGUUACAAAUCCAAUUGAUGAAUCUAAAUGGAUUAGAAAAUUUUUGGAAAUAAGAAAAAAUGUUCUUUUAAAGCCAACAAAUAUUGCUUAUGGUCCCAGUUGGAGUCAAACAACUGAUCGUGUCGAUUUUUUAUUGAAAUUAGUUCGACAAAACAAUUGGAAUAUGAAUACACCAAUACGUGUGAAAACACGUCACCAUGAUCAAAUCAUUUAUUCCUGAUACAUGAGAUAUAUGUGUCGUCCAGUUUAAAACAAUUUAGAAACCCAUGAAUGACCCAAUUCUAAUCGUCUUUAUCAAUUAUUUAUGAUACUUUUCCACAUUUCAUGUCCAUUUUUCAAGAAACAAAACAGAAAAAUAAUCCACAGAAAUUUUCUUCAAUGAAAGAUUUUCAUUUUUACUUCAUAA